AGAAUUGACCUCAAUCUGCUCUUUUCCCUCCGCCUCUUUGAUUUUACAGAUGGAUUUUACCUUGCUGGGCACGCAGGACAAGCUGCCUUGCACGCCCAGGCCAACCCAUCCAGGAUAGCCCCCAACCCUGCCUCGAGUGCCCUGCUCCAUGAAAAGGACUUUGGGCACCCACACAGGACCUCCAAGGAUGGCCCCAAAGACCUCGGCGGGAAGGACCGCUCUUACCGAAGCGACCUCUCCUUGUCCCUGGCCAAGAAGGAGGCCAAGCUGCGCGAGGAGUCCCGGCCUCACAGCGUGGUGGACCUCACCCAGGACACCAAGCCGGAGAGCGAGAGGAAAACGAACGGAUUCGAAAAGGCCACAACGGUUGGGGAGCGCUUGUCUCCCUACCUGGCGGAACACUUAUCCAACCGGGGGGUCUUCAGCGGAGAACCAAAGUCCAAACACCCACUUCAGACCUCUUCCCUCAGCAACUGCAACAUGUCCGGAAGCGCCCAGGGCUCCGAGCUGGACCGUUGCCCCAAGGACCUCAGCCGACAUGACGAGAAUGUGAGGCCUCCUUCUUACGUCUACUCCGAUCGAAUAAAGAAAGUUGACUCUGCGAUGAGUUCGGUAGCCGCCCUGCACGUGGCCUGCAGCUGCCCUUCUCCGGCUCAACCAGGGAAGCUCCCCCCACCCUCGGCCUUCCCUCCCCAGCCUAUCCAUCCCAACAUGUACACCAUCUUCCCCUUGACCAAGGAGUCCGGGAGGGAGCACAAGGUCAUCGCGCCCACCUUCGUGCCUUCCCUCGAGGCCUACGACGAGAGAAACGGCCCCAUUCAGAUUGCCUCCCAAGCCCGGGACAACACCAAGCUGAAGGAGAAGGAGGUCCCGGCUGCCGCCCGAGUAGGGGUCCUGCAGGCGGUCCCCGAGAGGUGCCUGACGGAUGCUUCUCGCAACCUUUUGGCCCAGGAGUUCUCCAUCCAUGCGGAUGCCAAGCGGAUGGAGAUCCUGCGAGAGAAAAAUUCAGUGAUCCGGGCCAACUCCAUGGUCUUGAAGAAACAGGCAGCUUCGGAAACCUUCUUGAACAGGCCAAGAUUGAACUCCCCUGAAAGCAGGGAGUACCUCCCUUUGAAGGACUUGCCCAAAGCUGGCUUGGAGGCAGAACAUCGCUCCUGUGAGCGGGAUCGUUUUCAGAGACCCAGCUGCAAAGAAGCGGGGAAGAUCUACAGCACUUUGGACACCUCCUCCUCCUCCUCUUCUUCCUUGUCCUCUUCCUCCCGGCCGCAUUUAGAUCCCAGCCAACAACUGAAGCCCCCUGAACAAAAAUGGAAGCCUUUUGAAAUGGGCAACUUUGCCACCACCCAGAUGGCUGUUCUGGCUGCCCAACACAACCAUGCCAACCGGGUGGAGGAGGAAGCCAAGAAAACCUACCUGGAGCCCAGCAACUUACAGAGGUCUUCCGUGGUGGGAGCCCGGAGCGUGGUGGAGAGCCUGCGCCCUUCCUCGCACGGUGAAGGCUCUGCCAUGCAAAGCCUCAUUAAGUACAGCGGGAGCUUUGCUAAGGAGGCAUCAGCACGGCAGGGGGGUGGCAAGAAAAGUCCCUUUGGGGGUCUGGGCAACAUGAAGCUGGACCCUGGUCAACAGUCUUCCCCCAAGCUCCAGCAGCUGCUGCCCCACCAAGCCGGCAAGCAGCUGAAAAAGGAACCGGAACGACCUGAAAGUGCCAAGUCUUUUGGACGAGAGAGCAUUGGAUCUCAAGGAGAGGUGGAAGUGAGACAUCUCCCGGUUGGCAUCGCGGUGGCGGUGGCCCGUCAGAAGGACAACAGCAGCAGCAAGAUGGGGCUUGUGGACCGCGACCGCUCCCUCUCCUUGAGUAACGUUAAAGGUAGGCUGUGGGCAGGGAAGUGUCCAGCUGGGGACACUUGGGACAGUUGCAACUCCUGGUUCAGCCAUAUUAAUUGGGAAAUUCUGGGAAUUGUUUAGAUGUAGCUUCACUCCGGAGCUGAGAAGGUUGGCUAAGAUGCAGGUGUGGAGGUUAGGAGAUCUGGGGAUCUGCGAUGGGAGUUCUCCAAAUUGUUAGUAUUUUGGGGAAAAGUUUGGACAAGAAAGUUGGGAGUGGGCAACCCAGGAAAGUGACCUUUGAGCAAAACAGGUGGUGUCGAUUAUUAUGGUAAAGCUGUUCCUAGGAGAGACUUGAAGUUUGAAAAAAGAUCUUUGUUAAAAUUAAAUCAUGGUUAGUGGAAAUUACAAAACAGAGAGUGAAAUUUAAACCAGAAAUCUUUUUAUUAGGAAUGUUAGAACCCAACAUGUACAGAAAAUAUCAAUAUUUGAUGCUUCAUAUCAUAAUGGCAGCCAGAACUUCUUUCGCCCAAAAUUGGAAGCAGGCUAUGACUCCCACAGAAGCCACAAUUAUUAAUAAGAUAUAUCAAUGCGCAGAGAUGGAUAGAUUAACAAAGUUAUUGAAGGAUAAAGAAGAAGGAGAAUAU